GUCUCACUUCAGUCAGUCGUUCGCGGGCGUCUUUAUUGACGAGGCGUAUGUGUUCUGUUCGCUCUCUAUCACAUGCUGUGUUUACAGUACAGUGUUGUUAUUGUUUUUGCUUAAAUAUACUAACCAGUGAUCAGUGUAAGUUACAAAGUGCAACAUAUCGUAAUAUUUGUGUCUCAGGAUUAAUAGCGUACUAUUAAAUUGUGGUUCGCGAGGAGCAGACAACCACGGCAGGCGCCGAGCGCAGCUCGGGAUAUGCGGCCGGCAAGUGUGGAGCGCGGCGCUGCGUGAUGCGGCGCGCGUGCGAUGCGACAGCCUGGCCGGUGGCGGCGUGCGCGCUGCUGCUGGCGUGCACCGCCAGCUGCGCUGUUAUCGAACACCUCGCUGAAGGAGUAUGUCCAUCCAUGGAUAUCAGGACAUACCCUGAGAAUAUGGAGAAACUCCGAGGGUGUCGAGUAAUUGAAGGGCAGCUCAGCAUAGUUCUGAUGGAACGUGCCAACCCUAGGACCUUUGAGAAUGUAAGCUUCCCUGAACUUAGGGAAGUCACGGAAUAUAUCAAGAUUUAUAGAGCGAAAGGUGUGCGGAAUCUAGGUGACUUGUUCCCAAACCUCACAGUGGUGCGGGGCAUGCGCCUCUACAAGGAUUACGCUAUUGUCAUAUAUGACAAUGAACACCUCGAGUCGCUGGGCCUCAGAUCGCUGUCGAGAAUAGAACGGGGAGCUGUACGGAUUCAACACAACGACCAGUUAUGUUAUACGGACACUGUGGACUGGAGUCAAAUCAUCGCAAAAGAUUUGGACAACGUAUUUAUCAGGUCAAACUACGACCCUCGGCUAUGCGGUCUGUGUCCAGAAGCGCAAAGUCGGACCGUGGAUCAUCCGCAAUCUUCUUCGAUGUGUCCUACCGACGCUUCGGGCACUCUGCUCUGCUGGGAUGACAAACAUUGCCAAAAAAUAUGCCCGAGUGCGUGUGGCGAGAGCGGCUGCAUGAAUAACAGGACGUGCUGCCACCGGAGCUGCCUCGGCGGCUGCAACGGCCCCACGUCCAGGGACUGUUUCGCCUGCAAGCACUACUCCUUCAAAUAUGGCAGCGAGCGCACCUGCGUGGAGAACUGUCCCCGCGACACUUACAAGUUGUUCGCGCGGUGCGUGGCUCAGGAGGAAUGUCGCAAAAUGCCGCCGCCGCCACCCCUGGUCGGCUCGAGUGAGACCAACCAACAGCGGCCAGACUCCAACAUCAAGGCCUACAAAAUAUUCAACGACUCCUGCGUCUACAUUUGUCCCAGCGGUUAUAUGGAGGUGGGCGAUGUAGAAACUGCUACCUGCAUACCGUGCCCAAAAACUGGCUGCGUACGAGAGUGUAGCGGCGGUAAGAUCGACUCCAUAGCAGCUGCCGAACGGUAUCGCGGCUGUACGCAUAUCAAUGGCAAACUUGAGAUCACAUUGCGGGCUAGUGGUGGUAAUACAAUGGCAGUUCUCGAAUCUUCUUUGGGUGAAAUCAGAGAGAUUGUUGGCUGCUUGCAGGUGACACGUUCAUAUAUGUUAAUAUCAUUAAUGUUCUUAAAGAGUCUGAAGAAAAUAGUUGGAGUACCAGGCGAGAACAAGGGACAAGUAUUAAAUAUAUUUAACAAUCCAAACCUGGAGCUAUUAUGGGACUGGCCCACUCAUGGGCCUAUAGAUAUAUCGAAGGGAACACUUCAUAUACACAUGAAUCCAAAACUGUGUUACGACAGAAUAUUGCCUCUUAAAAAUAUGACACACGAUCCCAGGUCGGAAUUUAGUGUAAUUGAAGUAUCUGAAGACAACAACGGAGAUCAGGCGUCAUGUUUCCCUAACCUGCUCAAUCUGAAUGUUUCGGAGCGGCGGGACACUGUGGUUGUGCUAACGUGGAACAUGUACUGCGUGGAAGACAUUCGCAAGUUGCUUGGCUACUCGCUGUAUUAUAUUGUUGCUGAUAAGGACGUUACUCUGUAUGGUCAGAGAGAUGCCUGUUCGGAUGCAUGGAACGUGGUAGACAUAACGAUAGAUGAGGCGCGACUGCAUAGCAACAGGAGCGCCGAGUUGCAAGACCCCCGCACGGAUAUCAUCACGAACCCGUGCAAGCAUGUGCAACCGUCGUUCCGGCCGCUCACCGACCUACGACCGUACACGCGGUACGCCGCAUACGUGAAGACGUACACCACGCAACAGGACAAAAAGGGCGCGCAGAGCAACAUAAUAUAUUUCAAGACACUGCCUGGACAGCCAAGUCCACCAGUAAACUUGAUAGUAGAACACAAUACCGCGCAUUCUGUGAACAUCCGCUGGUCCCCGCCAGUUAUGCCUAAUGGUGUCGUGGUCAUGUAUCAUGUGGAGAUCCAAGCCAACAGCUAUAAUAAACCCAAGAUCCUCGGCUCCAAGUUCGAUUACUGCACCAACCCGAAUGCCCUGGCAAACAAGAUAAAAGCUGGCCACGGCGAGGGUCCACCGGAGUUGCAGCGCGAGGUGACGGGCGAGCUGGCCAGCAACGCGUCCUGCUCCUGCAAAGAUCGCCCCAAGUCCGGCGUCAGAUUUACUUCGCGCGCCGAGGAAGAGCGUAUCGAGAGCAUCAACUUCGAGAACGAACUGCAGAAUGAGGUCUACAUAAAGUCCGAGAAAAUUCGAGCCAAAGUGAAGAACAGGCCGAAGCGGUCCAUCGAGCAAUCGAACCUGCAAACCAUGCUCGUUAUACUCAGCGAGAACAAUAGGCCCAUAAUAGGAUUCAACUACUCCAACAGCACUGACGGAGAAGUCAAAUGCAGUCGCAUCGAGCCUAACGUUUGCGUCAUAAAGGACAAUACUACAGGUUACGUGAAGUCGUUGUUCUACGAGCUGGACAGCAACACGAGCACACUGACUGUGAAUGGCCUGCGUCAUUGCACAUGGUACACGGUGAAUGUGUGGGCGUGUCGCAUGAAGGACGACAAUGAGAAUAAGGAAACCUAUGAGAAGACCUGGUGCUCAGACAGGGCGUACAACACCUUCCGCACAUUGGAAUUGAUGAAUGCGGAUGUAAUUGGCAACUUACAAGCUGAUAUUUUGCCGUCAAACAAGACGCUUCCCGAGGUUAACGUAACAUGGGAACCUCCCAAAAAUCCAAACGGUUUCCUAGCAGCAUACAAAGUGCAUUAUUCUCGGGUGGAGGACAGCACUCAGGUUCAAGACCUUGGUUUUCAGACGUGUGUAUCAUCAGAUGACUAUGAGACGAACGGGCGAACGUACAUGUUGCGGAAUCUCAUCGCAGGAAACUAUAGCAUCAAGGUCACACCUAUCACCGUCAGUGGCGCCGGGAACCUCUCCGAGAUAUUUAUAUUUAUACCGGAGAGAACUGCGAAUCCUGGUCACGAAUGGAUCUGGGGCCUGGUGGGCGGUUGCGUGGUGAUGUUGAUGGUAGUGGGCGGCGGCAUUUGGUAUGCACGUCGCGGCCUGCUACCGCCCAAUGAAGGCAACAAGUUGUUCGCGCGUGUCAACCCUGAGUAUGUGUCCACUGUCUACGUGCCCGACGAAUGGGAGGUGCCUCGCAGUAACAUCGAGUUCAUCAGGGAGCUUGGACAGGGAUCGUUUGGGAUGGUGUAUGAAGGAAUAGCGAAGAAUAUUGAAAAAGGCAAACCAGAAACUCGAUGCGCUGUGAAAACUGUCAAUGAACAUGCCACUGACAGGGAGCGCAUCGAGUUCCUGAACGAGGCGUCGGUGAUGAAGGCGUUCGACACGUUCCACGUGGUGCGGCUGCUGGGCGUGGUGUCGCGCGGGCAGCCCACGCUCGUCGUCAUGGAGCUCAUGGAGCUGGGCGACCUCAAGACCUACCUGCGCUCGCACCGGCCCGACGCCGACACCUCGCUGCCCAAGAAGGACACCGGCAACCCGCCCACCUUACAAAACAUAUUACAGAUGGCUAUAGAAAUAGCCGACGGUAUGGCCUACCUAUCGGCCAAAAAAUUCGUGCACCGCGAUCUAGCGGCGCGCAACUGUAUGGUCGCCGGCGACCUCACCGUCAAAGUGGGGGACUUCGGCAUGACCAGAGACAUUUAUGAGACUGAUUAUUAUAGGAAAGGCACUAAGGGUUUACUGCCGGUGCGGUGGAUGAGCCCUGAGAGCUUAAAAGACGGGGUGUUUUCAAGUAGUAGCGACGUCUGGAGUUAUGGAGUCGUUUUAUGGGAGAUGGUGACGCUCGCUAUGCUACCAUAUCAGGGGCUGUCGAACGAGCAGGUGGUGCGGUACGUGGUGGAGGGCGGCGUGAUGGAGCGGCCCGAGCACUGCCCCGACCGGCUGUACGAGCUCAUGCGCGCGUGCUGGGCGCACCGGGCGCCGGCGCGGCCCACCUUCCUGCAGCUGGCCGCCGACCUCGCGCCGCAGGCCAUGCCCUACUUCCGCCACCGCUCGUUCUUCCACUCGCCGCAGGGACAGGAGAUGUACGCGCUCCAACGGUCCACGCUCGAGGAGGAACAAGAGAUGCCGGAGGUGAACGUGGGCGCGGUUGCGACCGGGUCCGGGUCGAACCUGUUCGGCGUGUCGGGGCGGCUCGCGUCCUGGGUGCUGUCGUCGCUGCGCAGCCGCGGCUCCGACGACGCCGCCACAGAGCCCCUGCAGCCGCUGCAGCCGCUGCCGCCGCUGCAGCCCGCCGCCACGCCGCGCGCCCUGCCGCUCGCGCUCAAGGCCGGCCCCAACGGCGUGCUGCGUGACGGCAGCGCACCCGCCGCCACCGCCGCCUCCGCCGCCGCCGCGCCCGCCACCACCGGCUGCUAGCGGCGCCCCGCCGCCGCCGCCCGCCCGCGCUCGCGCCCCGCCUCGCCGCACCACUGAGCACGAGGCGGCGCCGGCGUAGCCGACCACCAGCUUUACCCCCCUAGCUAGACCACAGCUACUUAUUACAUUUUGUUCCCGUAGUACUUCCACGUAUGCGACGACAGCUGGCGUGAUUUAUAUAAAGGCACGAGUAUUUGAAGCAGCAGUCUAUCAAAAUGUAGUUCCUUCUCGAUCGAGCCGAUCGAUUAGUAUCGACCGAUACCUGGAGUUGUGAAAAUGCAUCCUGUUUAAUAUUUUAUGUUACUAUUUUAAGUAACCAAAAUAUUUGUCUACUGGAACUCGGUAAAUUAUGGCCGACUGAUAAAAAUAAUAGCUGGAUAUAGCGGUAAAGCUGGCACGUCGGCGAGGCUGGCCCGCGAGACGGGCGGGUGGCGGCGGCCUCCGCCGCGCCACACUCUAUCUACCUCAGGUCGGCCGCCGCCAGUCGCGGCCGACUCUUCGAAUCCUAGUUGUAAGUGUAGCUAGUAAAUUAUUGGACGCGAGCGCCGCUCGUCGCGUUGUUCUAUUUAUUUUGUACGUUCCGGCGACCGUUACUCGACGUCGCGACUCGCACGGGUCGAUCGUUUUCGAUUUUAGUGUAAAUUUACUCGUACGGAGGGCGCUCCGGAGUCCUCCGCAUUUACUUUGUACGUGUUUUGUCGCCCGAGCCGGGCACUUUCCUUCGGGAGUUGAUUUAGAUUAACUUUUCGUGGGGAAUCGCCGACGCGAGAGCGUUCCUUUUGGCCUGACGACCGUCGUUUUCAUAUCGAGCGAUAUAUAUUAUUGCCGAGGCGAUAUCGAGAGUCGAUCUGUUUCGACGCGAAUCCUAUAUAGUUUACCUCAAUAAAAUAGUUGUAUCGGUGUCAUUUUUGACAUAGCCUAUUAAUAUUUAAGUUUACAGUUGUAAGAUGUAAAGUGUGUAUAAGUAUGUUAUCGCAUAAGCUAGAUCGUGUACAAAUUAAUUUUAUUAAUUUCUUCACGUUUAACUAGUUAACUCCCGUUUUGAAUUGUUUAUUAUGAGAAUACCGACGAGUGUCAAAUUUGUUGAUAUUGUUAAGUUAAAGUUGUUGUUAAAAGCACUUUUUGUUGAAAGUGCGUAACGAUCCAUGAAUUUGUCACUUGUGCUGUUCAAUUUGAUUCGAUUGCAAUUUUAUGCAAAUGUUUUAUAAUACUCAAUCUAUUCGAGAUCCCUUCUUUCUUAUCGUUUAUAUAUUAUAUAUAUGUAAUAUACAAUGAACUGUCAUGAAGGAUCAGUCAGUAUGAAGUCUGAAUCUUAUAUCAAUUUAUACACAACGUCACUGCUGAACAUAGUCCUCCUUUAAGAGGCUCGUGAGAGAAAUAAAAAAAAAAGAAUACCAAUUAAACAGUCCAUGAUUUGUAUUUUCGUUCAUAAUUUCAUAUCUUAUAUUAAUGAAUUGUCAUUUUUAAAAAAUCGUAUAAAUAAUAACACAUUUAUUUUAUGUUUACCUUUGACAAUUUUACAUGCCAAUUGUUUAAAUGUAUUUAUAUACCGUUUACAAUUUUACAAUAAUUUAUAUUGACAUCCAUCCAAAUUACAAAAAAAUAUAAUAUUUUUAUUUUAUAUUUUAUGCAAUUAAAUAUUUUAUCUGUGAAUAAUAAUUUGACAAUAUUGUUAAUCAAUUAGCUGUUAUUGUAUUAAUUACAUUAGCAAAAUAUAAUCCAAACAUCAUUGCAAUAAUUUUGAAAUUUAUAAAAUUACAAAUUAUUUUCCUCAAUAAAGUAACUUGCUAUUUUAAAAGAAAAUCUGCAUGUUUAUUUGUUAGUUUAUAGGAUAAGUAACAUAAGAUACAACCAGUAAUUUGUUGUAUUCUAAUGUAAUAAAUACAUUAGAGGAUUAGGGCUAACUGUUUUUAUUAUUUACGCAUGUUUCAUUAGUUGUGCUGGUCACACAAACCAAUUUAUGUUUUUCGCCUUUAACAAUUUCUAACAAUUUCAUACUGACCUAUCUGGACAACGGUUCAAUGUGUAUAUUGACGAAUAAAUAAUAAUUUAAUUGGAUUUAGCACCACCAAAGACUUGCAAACUAUAUAUAUAUAUAUAUAGUAAUAAUUAUAAUUUACAAUUCCAACUGAGUAUUUUUACAUACUCAGUCAAAUAGUUGCAUAUGUAAACGCAUUUAUAGGCGUUCCGUUUUCGUUGCAAUCGACUUCAUUACAUGUACACAUAUAUAAUUAAUAACUAUAUAUGCACGUAAUUAUUAUCAAUGUAAUCCGAAUCAAUUAUAAUGCAAUAGAAUAAACCUGCCAUUAUUGUUAUAUAGUUAUAUAUACUCAACUAUUAUUGUUUGAUAUAAUAAAUCUAUACUUUUAUAGUGUCAAGUUUUGCCAACUGUACUGGACUAAACAAUUGAUAUAUCAUUACGAACCGAGUAACUAGAAACGAGUUAAUGGUAUUAUUUAUUAGUUUGUUUAUCAUCUCGUGUUCGUAAAUCAGUAUAAAAUAUGUAUGUUGAUAAUUCCAAUACAUAAUAUGUUAUUUAAUGAAAGAUCGUAAUUUAUAUUUAUAUAUUUGAGUAAUAAUGAGCGCGAUAAUCUCGUAAUUAGUAAAAUUGAGUUGUCUGUGGCGCCGGCCAGCUCGCACGCUACGCUCGCGCCAUCAGCGGCCGCUGGCACACUGGCCGCCAGCGCCAGUACUGGCGUACUGGCCUGCCACUCUACUAGUACUAUAUGUUUAUAUAUUUGACGUUCUGUAUAUUUAGUGAAAUAUUCUACUUAUUGCUGCAAUGGAUGCGUAACGCGCGAAUGGCCUUACAAUAUAUUUUAUAAUAAUAAUAAUUUAAUAUUGUAAUCAAAACUAGAACAUGGUCGCGGGGUGAAAUAUAAAUUAAAAUUCUGUGUCCUAAAUAAUAUUGUAUAUAAAUUAAUUAUAUAUAUUAUGGUCAUCGACAUAUAGCUAUCUGAAUACAUGUUGUAAAGUAAAAUAUACGCUAGCUACAUAAAUUAUGUUACUGUAAUGAACUGACUAAUUGAGUCUUAAAUGAAAGCAACCAAAGUUAUACUCCAAUAUACAACAAUCCUGGGCAUCGGACGCCGGGCGGGACUGUGAUCUGGUGUCCAAUGUGUAAUAAUAACUAUAACGAUAAUGUGGUAUAAGGGUAUUAACGAGUGCCUUCAGACAUCCAGCCUUCAGCAGAAUGCAGGAUUGUUGAUUGUGUGAGAUAGACACGACACAUACAAUAUAAUGUGUGCACUGGCGGUAUACGAAUAGUACGGUUCCAUUUGUGUAUAUGUUUUUUGCUUAUGUCAUAACAGAAAGCUUUACAUCACAACACAACCAAGAACCGUGCCAUAGAAAGAAUGUAAUUCAACGGGGCUAGCUAAGCGUGAGCUGUGUGGUACGCGAUGAGUAGUAGUAAUAUUGUGGUGAGGCGAUGUACGUUCGGUGCGCGCGCCGCCUGCACGCGGCUCGGCGCACGGCUGCACUAGUGGCGUGCGGCGGCGGCGCGCGCCGUCACUGGAGCGGAGUGUUGUGUCGUCGGUGAGGGGCUCAAGGCACGUUGCAUCGAUAACAUUUUUUUAUAAACAAAAAUAUAAAGAAACAUUCGAUUUCAAAUUGAUUUCCAAAGUCCAAAUCCAAAUAUUUUUUAAUUUUAAAAAUUGCAUAGUGCCUUUUGCUCAAUUUAUGAAACGUAAGUUAACGUACCAUUAAGUGUAAUGUUAAAUAUUAGAGCCAUAUUAUUGUUCCACCUUACGUUGUAGUACGUAUCGCAAAUAGUCCAGUGUAGUCAGGGAUGUUCCGGGCACCGGGUCACUGCGCUGGAGUGUUGUGCGGCACGGAGCCGUGGCGCACGCCGCUACCCGACGCUACCGACGCCUCGCGGCCGGACGCGGCCGGACGCUUCCGGACGCUUCCGGACGCUGCCGGACGCGGCACAGGUCCCGGACCGACGAGCGAGCUGAGGCGCUCCAUCAGCGCACACCAAGCGCGCCGUCUGUUUCCAAUCUCAUCAGUUGGCAGCUACGAACGGUGGUAUACAAUACGGUCAAAAUAAGAAUAGGACCCUCGGUGAUCUCGUCCUGUUAACUGUCACUAGAAAAGUACAAUUAGCAAGGAAACUUAUUUUGCAUAAAUGGCAUUUAUCUACAUUUUUCAAAUAAGUCAAAAAUAUAACUGGUUGACUGGAAGAAAUCCUUUUAAGGGGUAAGUCCGCCUGUGCACAUUUUCGUUAUAACCUAUAUUAAAAAUGAAUGUACAAAAGCAUAUAAAUAAAUAAAUGAUUCUAAGAAUUACUUGAAAACUAAGUCGUAACAUGGCGGAAUGGGUCCUAUUUUGAUUUCGAUCGCAAUGCAGGCGGUGCGCUUUUGGUGGGCGCUGCGUGGAGCGACUGCGGCGAGGUGUCGCACAACGUUGCCUCACACGGCGUUCCCUGCGAGCUUUACUGAUUAUCUUUUUUUUUUUUACUUACGCUCUUAUUUUUAUCAGUAUUUAAUUUUUAUUGUGAUUUCCACCUAGUAAGGCAGUUAUAUUACCUCAUUUUUAGUAAUUAAUACUUAUUAUUCGUAAAUUAUUGACUGAUAAAAUAAUUUCCAAAUGAUGUGUUCCUCGUGUGAUUUGUGUGUGUUUAUGUAAAGUGUCGGGGUAGCGUUGUGCUUUAUGCUCAAUUUAGAUACAAUUUCACCAAACGAUUGAUAUAGUGUACAAUUUUUAUAUUUAAUUUAAUGAGAACCGAGUACCUAUUAAUAAUAAUUUUAAUAUUUACAUUAAUAAAAAAGUUACAAAAAUUA